GAAAAUACCACCACACCUUCUCUCAAAUCUAUUACGCCGUCAACAUGCCCAAGGCCUCACGCCCAGAGACUUUCGUACUCUCUAAAACUGACAGAAAAGACUUUCUCCUAUACCUAGAGUAUGCAAACCCAAACUACAUUUCACUUACCGCCUGGGGGUUCAAUGGGAAGCCGCUCACGGCGAAACCCGAUCUGCUUCGAAGCACACUUAUCAUGUUGGCUGCCGUUUGGUUCAACAACACUACCAACAUAUGUAUCCUAGUUGGGGCAGGCGGGGCAAAGCUUCCAAUAGAUGGCACUAUCAUUGAUUGGGGUACCUCGGCGCCUGAUUUGGGGGAGACCCUGCAACAUUACCAGAAGAUGUUCAAAGUCCAGCCUUUAAACCCAUUAAAAAGGCCAGAGCCUCGUCGAGACAAUGACGAUGAGGGUAGAGACGGCGGCGGUUCAUCUGGCCGCACAUGGACCAAGCAAGUCUACAGAGAUGACUAUGGUGGAUAUUACUACAUUGGCCAAGAUGAGGAGUACCAUCAGUGCGAUGCCAAAGGCAAGGAGAUUCAGUCGACAGAGAAAAGCACAGGCUACAGAACCUCAAACCCCUAUCAUAUCGUCUUGGUCUUUUCCAACGCCCAGAAACAGACAUAUUACCAACGCCAUGGCCAGCCUGAGCUUUGUUCCCUGCGGAAGCAUUCUUCGGGAACAUACUAUUUCGUCGACUACAAAGGCAGGGAAUGUAAUGCUCAGUACGUGGGCUUACAACCGCGAUGGAUGAACAGGAAGGCUAUUUCUCAGAGUACUGGGGGACAGGGGGUUAUACCCAGACCUCAAAGCCGACUUUCCUGACUGACCCUAAGACGGGUAGGCCAUACUACAUUGACAAGUAUGGCAAGGCUUGCUGGGCUUGAAAGCGCUUGUGUAUUGAGAAUAACUUUUGAGAAGAUUAUAUCUCGGGUUUAUCUGUUGUAUUUAUGCGACUGCUGUAUCGAUGUUGACUGACUGGGUGUUAAUAUAUGUUUAUGUAUUUAGGAGGCAUGCAGGGAUAUACGAUAUAUGCUUUUCAAUAUGUACUGUACUGCUCUGCCAAAUAUAAGUAGUGACAACGGGUUCCAGCUGCAAUAAAUGCAUCUUAUAUGCAUACUAAUCGG